AUGGAAAGCUAUAGAACUUGCGGCGUUACACAAAGUAUAGGAAUCGGAGAACAUGACAUUAGUCAGAGGGCAAUAGAAAAAAGGAGAGAAAACUAUAAACUAGUAUUUGGUGUAGAAAUCAUACGUAUGGCAGAACGACAUGAAGUCAUUCAAAAAUACACUACGUUGAACGAAAAAUUCACCAAACGGCUUAAGGAUGAAAAUCGGGAUAAGGAUUUAGUUAGUGAGUGUGAAAAGAGAUUACAGAACAGUCCGAAGGAUAAAGUAAUAAAGAAAAGAUGGAGGGUCGAAGAGAAAUGA